AUGGAGUUCUUAAAGAAGGGAGUGCAGGCUGCGAAGAAAGUCGGGUCACAGGCUGCGGUUGAUGAGAACUCGACGACGUCCCUCGGCCUUGGCACCUCCUCCAACGACGUGGAGUUCGAAGCUGGAGUCAAGCACUUCAUGACGCUGAACAACUCUCUCAAGCAAAUCGGCACCAAGGCGCAGGCGCUGAUUCAAUCCAUCCGCUCCCAAGGACAGAAUGCUCUUGGAGUUGUUGAGCUGGUGGAGGCUUCUCUUGAGAUGGAGUUUGGAGAAGACAGCAUGUGGACAAAUGCAGCGUACAAGCUGAGAAGCUUGAACCAGCAGAGAGAUAUCCUGGACAAGAUAAGCGCAGAACUGGAAACAAACUCUCAGACCAAAAUGUUUAUCGAUCAACGAAGGUCGAUGAAGGAGGCAACGAAGGCGGAGGCUGACGAUGCUCUCCACAAGCUUGCAGCCAUCAUCAGGAGGAGGAACAUGCUGCUGGCUCAUCUGGUGACUGUGUUCAUGUCGCACCAGUACAACUACUACGUCCGGCUCGCUGAUCAGUGCCAGCACCUUCGACAGCUCACCGUGGAGUGCAAGGAGCUCCUCAACGGAGCAUCGAGUGACGUGCACACGCCUCCAACUCAGUCCGCUGUCCCCAACCACGUCCAGCAAAUCCCUCCGAUGCCCAAGGAAACGCCGCAGGACCCGAACGGGAACGCGGCUGUCCCUGCGAAGGUGGAGGAGGCGGCGGCCCCUGUUGUUCAGAAGGAAGUCCAGGAGGCGCCCUUGCCCACUCCAGCUGAGGAGAAGCCGGCGAAGGAGGAGGCGAAGGAGGCAGAUCUGCUGUCCAUGCUGGACUCUGAUCAGCCGGCAGAGACAGAAAAGGCGAACAGCAACGGGGGCCCGAGGAGACUCUCGCAGGAAGCAAGUCAGGCCGACAGGCAGCAGGAGACCGCUGACCUGCUAGGAGAAGCUUCCUCUGCUGUCCCCCAGUCCACCGACCUCCUGGGAGACCUCCUCUCUGAACCUCAGGUCAGGAGCGCUCCUCCCAAGAACAAUCCGCAGGACGACCUUCUGGGCGACUUCACGAGCUCCGCGCCCUCACGAGCGAAGCCGAAGCCCUCCGGUCCUGCCGAUGACCUCCUCGACUUCUCCUCUACCAAGGCUUCUACCCCCGCCGAUCCUCUUGCUGACUUCUUCGGGCAUAGCACGAGCUCGACCAAGGCGAACAAAGACCCGAUCUUCGACGUGUUCAACAAUAGCGAUAUGCUCGGUGGAAUGGGCAAUGGCGACUCGCCCGUGGUCGGUGGCGACGAGGAGCCGUUGAAGCCCGUGGCGAGAGGCGCGAGAUUCCGAGCAGGCGACGAGUUUAAGGGGACAGGAACCAACAGGGAGGAGCUACAACGGCAGUUCGAGCAGCACAUUGCAGAGAAAGCGCAGGCAAAGGCGGAGGAAGUUCGAAGGCAAGAGGAAGAUAAGAAGAAUUACGAAGACAUGAAGUUUCAGGCACAGGAUAUGGUGGAUAAGAAGAUUGUUGGCUGGGCUGGGCCGAAGCACAACCGAAAGAACCUUCGAGCGAUGCUUGCUAGCUUCGACACGGUCCUAUGGGACGAGGCCAAGGCCAAGUGGAAGACCGUCGGGCUGCACGAGCUUGUCAUGCCUGCCGAUGUCAAGAAGAUCCACAGGAAGGCCAUUCUCAUCGUACAUCCUGACAAAGUUCACAACGCUUCCAUCGAGGCGAAGAUCCUCGCAGAGCAGGUGCAUGCGGUGCUGCAUGAGGCCUUGGAGACCUUCAGGAAACAGGAGUCGUGUUAA